AUGCCGGUGAAGGCGUGGAGGGAGAUUUCGACGUCGUCGUCAGAACUUGGGUCAUCUUCCACCGCACCGCCGACCAGAGCCUCGCCAUCCAACUCCCUUCAUCGAGCAGGACUUGUGAUGGUCCUUGGUGAAUUUCUUUGGGUAGUUGAAGCGGGGAUGUCUGCGGCAUUGGGCCAGCUCUCUGCGGGUGAGCCGCUUGAAGCAAGCGUCCCGCUUGAUGCGCGCUUCUUCGUCGGGGCGGUGGAGUCCGGAUCGGUGCCUUGGCGGGCUGGGCUGGUGUGCGCUGCUUGUGGCGCCGCCGCGCUUAUGCGCUUGGCGCUGCAUCGGCGUGGGCCAUGGAGGCACAUGGGUGGCGCUGAGGUCAUCAUCGUUGUCCGCUUGCCAACAUGGGAAGGAACUGCCCCUGGUGAGCGCAACUUCAUAUGGGCGCCGAGGGAGUUGCUGCGCACCGGGGGGCCAAAACGGUGUUACACCCGGUCAGUGGACUCCGCCAGGUGGGGCCGUGAUUCUGUUGCUGGCAUAGUACCAGUCCUCAGCAGCACCCUCCACGUAGAAGGUGAGCUAUGGCUGAUUGGUUGCCACUGUCAAGUGGCUCUGGUCGCUCCCUUCAUUGUCGCCAUUUCGGCCCUUGAUGAAGGAGAAAUCAGCGAAGAACUUGUCCAUCGUGGACUUGAAGUCCACGGCGGUGAUGGAGUCGGCCAUGAACAGGAGAUUCCUAUUGCUGAUGUUUGUGAGACAUUUAAGGUCGCCAGAGGUAUGAUUCAGGCACUGCAGGAAAAUGCUGGCAGGUUUGCUUCAAUGGUUUCUGCAUUUUGUCAAAGACUUGGUUGGAAUGAUUUAGAAGGCCUUGUUUCGAAAUUCCAAAAUCGUGUCUCUUUUGGAGUUAGGGCAGAGAUUGCAGAACUGACAUCAAUUCCAUUUGUCAAGGGCUCACGUGCAAGGGCUUUGUACAAGUCUGGUCUCAUGACUCCUGUUGCCAUUGCUGAAGCAUCUAUUCCUGAAAUUGCAAAAGCUCUUUUGAAUCUUCUGGUUGGUCUGGGCAAGACUCUGGUUUCUUAUUUAAUGCAAUUUGGUAUAGCCAAGAAAAUAAAAAAUGGAGCUCGCAAAAUUGUCCUGGAGGAGGCAGAAGCUGCCAGAGUAGCAGCAUUCUCAGCUUUCAAGUCACUUGGUGUGGAAGUUCCUCAGUUCACUGCACCUCCACUCGCAGCUAUUGAGGACUAUCCAACUCGAGAUACCAUAGACCAAGCUAAGUCCAACAAGCUAGCUUUUGGUACCCAUGCUAGAGAUGAUAAAAAUAAGAAUAACUGCUCUGAUUAUGCUACCCCAAGGGCUUCUACAUACAGUCUAAGAAAGGACGCAAACCCUGCUCCUUCCAUUCAAAUGAAAGAGAAUGCAGAACUAUCUAAAAAUGUGAAAAUCACUAGACAGGGAGCAGCAGCAUCUUUGUCAACAGAAAUUGCUGAUGGAUUGAGUAGUAGAGAUGUGGCUGACAAAGGCCCUGUCCAUGCAUAUAACUUUCCAGGGGGUUUUGACUGUUUUCUUGAUCAAUGGUCUGCUGCUAGCAAAUUUUUCUUCGAUGUCCAUUUUAUCAAGAGAUCGCUGAAACCAUCUUCGAACCUUUUUGAAGUUUUUGGGUUGGCUGUCUGUUGGGAAAAUUCCCCCAUAUACUACUGCAACUUCCCAAAAGAUCUAGUCACUACUGGUAACAAUGACUUCAGGGAAAUGUGGGGUUAUUUUCAGAGAAGAUGGGAAAAAAUAACGGACAUUAUGCAACAAAAGAGUGUCCAGAAAAUGACAUGGAAUUUAAAGAUCCAGAUUCAGGCACUUAAAUCACCUUAUAUCUCUUGCCAACGGCUUGAAAGGUUUCAUCUUGACCAUAAAAUGCUGGACAAAGUUGAAGUGCUUGACAACUCAUAUAUGUUGUUAUCACCAAUCUCUGUCUACAAUGGAUUGGAUAUAUGUCUGCUGGCGUGGGUUCUAUGGCCUGAUGAGGAAAGCAGAACGGUACCAAAUCUUGAGAAGUUUGUCAAGAGACGACUUCAUAGUGAAGCUGCUGCUGCUGCAAAUCGCGAUGGAAGAUGGAGAAAUCAGAUGCACAAAGCAGCACACAAUGGAUGCUGUAGACGUGCUGCACAGACACGAGCUUUGUAUACUGUUCUGAAGAAAUUACUUACUCAAAAUCUUUCUGAUUUGGUUGAAACAAUUGAGGCCCCGUUGGUUAAUGUUCUUGCUGAUAUGGAACUUUGGGGAAUUGGCGCUGACAUGGAUGCUUGUCUCCGUGCGAGGCAUAUUAUAACAAAAAAGCUGAAGGAACUAGAGAAAGAAGCUUACAGAUUAGCAGGCAAGAAUUUCUCUCUAAAUGCUACUGCUGAUAUCGCAGACAUUCUAUAUACACACCUAAAAUUGCCAGUUCCAAAAGGCUGUGAGAAAGGGAAGCUGCAUCCUAGCACUGACAAGCAGUCUUUGGACCAUCUAAGGGAUCAACACCCAAUUAUCCCAGUAAUUAAGGAACACAGAACAUUAGCAAAACUGUUAAAUGGCACAUUGUGGUCCAUUUGCUCACGUGCUCAAUUGUGCACUCAAUCACAAAGGUACAUCAUACAUGGUAAUUGGCUUCAGACAUCUACUGCCACUGGCCGUUUGUCCAUGGAGGAGCCAAAUCUGCAGUGUGUUGAGCACUUGGUGGAAUUCGAUACAGGGAAAAGCGAUAAAGAUUACUCAAGCGUGUCAGUGGAUUAUCAUCAUAAAAUCAAUGCCCGUGAUUUUUUCAUACCGACCAAGGAGAACUGGUUAUUCGUAACUGCUGAUUACUCACAGAUUGAGUUGCGUUUAAUGGCUCACUUUUCUAAAGAUCCUACGUUGGUUGAACUUCUAAGUAAACCUGAUGGUGAUGUUUUUACCAUGAUUGCUUCAAGAUGGGCUGAUAAAGAGGAGGCCUUGAUAUCUUCCAAAGAGAGAAAACACUAA